GUCCACCUGUUGAAGGACCAGCUGAGUGCGGAGGCCACGGCUCGGCUGGAGGCCCAGGCCCGGGUCCACCAGCUGCUGCUGCAGAACAAAGACCUGCUGCAGCACAUCUCCCUGCUGGUUAAACAGAUCCAGGAGAUAGAGACCAAGAUGGCCGGACCAAACUCCAUGGGAUCUCAGGACAGUCUGCUGGAGAUCACUUUCCGAUCGAUGGUGCCUCAGGUGAUGUGCGACGCCACGACGCCCAAACCUGAUGUGUCCAUGCUCAACCUCCCCGGGCUGGGCUCCACUGACGGGAACGCCUUCACUUCUUCCAACGGGACUCUGGGAAGCCCCCUAGGUAGGGACAAGUGUCUUCUCAAACUGGAUCGUUUCCGUUUCCUCCCUGGGCCUCCGCCUCCUCAACUCCCCUCACCUCCCUCGCUGCUCAAAGCCGACAGGCCGGAGAGAAAAGUCCAAGAGGAGUCUAAGGGCACGUUGUCCCGUGACAUCCAAUCUCUGAGCUGCCUGGACUUUGCCGCGAAGUUUCGCGAGUCGGGCAUCGCCUCGGAUUACGAGUCAAAUACGGACGACAGUGACAGCAAUGAGGACGAGGGGGAGGAUGAUGAGGAGGGGAUGGAGAUCUUUGGCUGGGGGAGGGACGAGGAGACGCUGAGGCUGCUCAAUGUUCUCAACAGUCAGGGAACUCCUGACUGUCUGGGAGAUGAAAUAGCGGUGUAACGCACUAACCUGCCCCCCUGAGGAACCAUUGGUCUUGACCUUUAUUCUGUCUCAAACUACCCUGUACGAUUCACCAUGUGGCAAACUAACCUCCGUCAGACAGGCACAGUUAUAUAAACAGUACUUGCACCAUUAUAUUGGUGUGAUGAGUUGCAUAAGAGAGAGGAAAGACUCAAAUAAAUAAAGGUGAAUUCACUGUAGGACAACAGUAGGCUUAGUUGGCUAUCAUAGGUAUCCUGAACAUAUCAACCACUCAGGCAUGGGAACAAUAAACAUUUAAUCUCACCAGACAAAAAGCAAUCUUAUUUAUUUUAACAGAGAUUUGGUGACAGAAUACUAAUCGCGUUAAAUAAUAGAAUUGUUCCGUUGCUCACUGACUGGGCUGCUAUGCGUUCUUUGAUGCCUGUAGUGGUCAAAUAUUUAUUUAACAAUUUAUUUUACUGGAUUAUUUGCUAGGACCUACCUUUCCUCUAGUGCAGGGGUGUCAAACUCAAUUUCAUCGCGGGCCACAUUCGCAUAAAGGUUGUACUC